CUUCAAGGACGGGAUCGUGCUCGCGCAAACUCCGCCCAUAUUCUUAACCUAGCAACAGCACGUUCUCGAACGGGGAAGUUUACGAAGUCACGUGCUACCUCAUGGGUCCGUACGGCUUGGCCUAUUUAAUUUACUGAUAAAACAUAGCGAUUAAACACGAACACUAAUAAGAAAACCAAAGCAGUCCCACAUAGAAGUCUUGCGAGGCCAAUUUGUUCUAAUGUCACGGCAAGCGCAAGAGGCGCUGACCGCGCAAACGAAAAGUGGUGCAACUACGGAUACCUAGAGGGUUCUUUCUGACACAGCCUUUAUGUCACUGUUGUCAUGGGAACAUAGUCACGUGCUGCAGUGAUCGGCGGAAAUGACAACUGCUAGGCGGAUUGUGAUAGCUAUACCAGAACAUGAACAUUACAUCCACGUGGGUCAUAUUUCCUCUUGAUUGGUCAUCAUUUCACUAUCCCACAGUCUUGCACCUGUCCCUGUACAUUUAGCUUCUUUGACAGUUUUCAUAGGGUGUGAACCUUGCACAGUGGAUCUGCAGCCUAAAGCAAACUGUGUGCAGAUGGAAGGACCUGAGAGAGAGGCAGCCUAUGUUGAAGACCUGCCAGUCUCUGAAGGAAAGCCAGUAGCAGCAAGCAAGGAAGAAGCAGUUACUUCAAAGGCCACAGUGAUCAAAUCCAAAGUUAAGUGUGAGUUGCAGAUCACAGAAGACUUGGAUGAGUUUGCAGAUGUAGGUGAAAAGAAAAACAAUGAACCAGAAGAAAUUCCUCAGCCCCCUAUUCCAAAAGAAAUCAAGAGGACUGUCGUAGAACCUAAACCAGCUCCCAAAAGUGCACCAGUCAAGAAAAAGUUGGAACCCAAAAGUGUUGGACCAAUGAAGGAAGAGGAGUAUGCUUCCUGGAAUGGAAUCACGCUAAACAAGUGUCUGGUUAUAGCUGCAUUUGCUGCUCUAAUAAGUGUGGGAUUCCAGGUUUUGCAAGAAGUAGCCGACGAUGAUGAGCUGACCGACCUAGAAAAUGAACCAUGGACACCAUCUGAUCCAAACGACCAGCUGUCAGAUCCAUGGUUUUUUGAAGGAUGGUUUGGAUCAUCUGAAGAAGAAAAAGCUGUUUCUGAAGCAAAUUUGCCAGACGUAGAAUUACCUGAGGUGGAAAAUGAUGAACCUGUUGAAGAUGAGAUAACUUCUGUAGAAGAAACUCUGGUGGAUGCGGAGGAUGAGAAAGAAGAGGCCUUAGAAGUGGACACAGAGGUAGAGAAGAGUCUAAGUAAGGUGGAACGAAAUGAACAAUGGGGUUUGAAGGACAAAAGCAAAUACAUGGUGGCGAAAGCAAUUAAAAUCCGUAGGGCGUCUGAAGAAGGAUCCCAUAAAAAAGGGUUGUUUCCCUUCAUGAAAAAAACAAAGGAGCCAAGCAAGUAUAAGGAGAAACCAAACAAAGAGAGGGAAUAUUCACAUGAACAUAAAUAUGAACACAAUAAAAAGCACGAUGAAGGUAAGCAAUAUAAGAAAGACAAAGAGGAACAGAAAAAAUAUUUCAUACAGGAGGAAAAGGAGAGGUACAAAGGAUGGAAAGCGGACAAGGAGAAGGGAUGGAAAGCAGUCAAAGAAAAGGGAUGGAAAGCAGACAAAGAAAAGGGAUGGAAAGCAGACAAGGAGAAGGGGUAUAAACACUACCAGUAUGAUAAAGGAUUCAAAAAAUCUCAAGAUAGUAGAAGGCAUGGAUAAUAGACCUGAUGGUUUCACACCCAGUAGCUUUAGCAGGGGUUGGUGGUGGUCCAUUUGUUGCUAAAGUUCUAAAGAAUAUAAACUGCUGUAUUCCCUCACUGCCACAAAGAUGAUGCCUACCCAAAAGAGUAUUUUUCUUCAUUCAUUUUUGGAAAUUUCUUUACAAUUCACAAAUCAGAUACUUUAAUAUUUUUUUAAGUUCAUAGAACAUGGAAAUAUUUUAUUUUCACGCCCUUAAAUUAUUACUGUAAAAAUAAAUAAUGCACCAUA